AUAAUCAAAAUGAAUUGACUGUGCAAGCUUGUAAUUUGUUUCUAAACAUAUUGCGCUUGUACAGCAUGAGAAAUCAAAUGCGCAAUAGAAGGUGGCGAGUUCGUCCUAUUAAUGUGGAUCGUGCUCUACAUGGCUAUUACCGAAAAACCUUUUUAGCCAUAAAAGAAAAAGAUAACGAAGAAUUUUUUAGUCAUACACGGAUGUCUAAAGAAUUAUAUACUUUAUUAUUGAAGUUAAUAGCUCCUUCUGCGACAAAAUGUGGGCAGCAAAUAAAUGCUGAUGAACGUUUAUCACUUACUCUUUUGUAUUUGGCACAUGGCGUCCCUUUACAGAGUUUAGCAUGGAGCUAUAAAUUGGGAAGAACUACAGUUAGAAACACCGUGUUGGAAAUGUGUGAUAUUGUGUGAUAAAUGUCCUCGGGGAUCAGGUUCCCAACUCCAACCGGUAGUUGCUUGUUCUCAAGUGUAGUG